AUGGACUCUACCAAGGUCAUGUCUCUGCUUGAGACACUGGACGACGAGAUAGAUGAUCUUGAGGAGUCCCUGGAGCCUCUGAUCAAGGUCGCGCUGUCCGAGACUGCCUCCAAGCUGCCCUUGCUAGACAAGGCCAAGCUUUAUAUCUUGGUCACCUAUGCCAUUGAGUCGAUGCUAUUCUCAUAUCUGCGACUCCAUGGCGUCAAGGCCCGCGACCACCCGGUCUUCAAGGAACUCACCCGGGUCAAGCAGUACUUCGACAAGAUCAAAAAUAUUGAGAAUCCCCUAGAGAGGACGAUGGCGGUUGACAGAGCAGCUGCGGCCCGGUUCAUCAAGGCUGGCUUGGCUGGCAACGACAAAUACGACCUGGUGAGAGCGGAAAAAAUAGCAAAGGAAAGGGCGAUAGCACACAUCAAGUUCAACGAGCCAUCGAAAGACGCCGAGAAGAAGCGGAAGGCGGGCGAAUUGGAGGCACCGGCCGAUGAAGAUUCCUCUUCCGACUCCGAAUCCUCUCCAGAGUCCUCCGAGCCAGCUGAGAAAGUGUCGAAGAAGAAGCCGAAGUUGACGAAAAAGGAGAAGGCGAAAUUAAAUGCGGAAGGGGAGGCAAACAGGGAGAAGAUUGAUAAGAAGGCGGCGAAGAAGGCGAAGAAGAUCAAGAUGAAGCAGAAACAGUUGGCUGCAAAAGCUGCGAAGCGCGAGGCUUAA